CAUUAAUCUGAACUCUUCGUCAACACAUAACAGUCCUGACUGCUUUUUACCUCCUAUGGGUGGGUUUUUAGGCCAUAAUGAGAGGUCUCAACCAUUGAAUAUGAGCAGUACUCCAGAUACAGCAUCAUACGAUCACAAAACUGCACCAAUCUCUGACACAUUAAACAUCUUAGAAGAGUCUGUUGUCUUCCUCAAAGGCCUGCUGGUCACACGCGUCAUGCCCUCAUUCUACAUCUUCAUCAUCCUCAUUAGUUUGCCCCUGAACACUGUGGCUUUGGUGGCAUUCACCUGUAAGAUUCGAGAGAAGAAACCAGCUGUGAUCUACAUGUCUCACCUGGCGUGUGUGGAUGUGCUCUUUACCCUGCUGCUGCCUCUGAAGAUCCACUACCAGCUGAAUGCUUCAGAUUGGGUGUUUGGUGAGGCAGCGUGUCGUGUGCUCAGUGCAGCUUACUACUGCUACAUGUACUGCUCCAUACUGCUGAUGAUGUGCAUGAGUGUGGACAGGCUGCUGGCCGUGGUGUUUCCCAUCGCCUCUCUGACCUGGAGGAGCACAAGGAAAGCUACAUGUGUAUGUGUGCUGGUCUGGCUGCUUGCACUCGCUGGUACAGUGCCGCUUCUCUCAGUGAGUCAAACAGUUAAGACUGAGAAUGUGGGUGUCACCUGCCAUGAUGUGCUACGCCAAAAUGACCCUACAGUAGUGUAUUAUGUGUACUUGUUUUCCAUCCUCUCCUGCCUCUACUUCUUCUUGCCUCUGGUCGUGACUUUUGUGAGCUACUCCACCAUCAUAUAUGCACUUAGUGCAAAAUCUGAUCGCUUAACAUCAUCUUCAUCUUCAGACAAGCGAAAGAGAGCUGUUAUUAUGGCUGUUGCUGUGCUGAUUGAGUUUGUGGUGUGCUUUGCUUCAACCAAUGUCAUCCUGUUGUACCACUGUGUUUAUUUAGCUAAUGGAGACCACCGUGAGGGAGAUUCAUCAUAUGCGGCUUAUCUGUUGGCUGUGUGUUUGGGGAGCGCAAGUGUUUUUCUGGACCCUCUGCUGUACUACUACGGCUCGUCUCAAUGCAGAAAGCAGAUCCGCUCUGUGUUUUGGUGCAAGAAAGCAAAAAAAAAGAACAAAAAAGCUGUCAAACACAUGAAAUCCUCUCACUGCACUACAGCUGCACAGUAA